CUUCUCAAGCUUGCCAAGUUGAUCGACAAUGCGAGGAUCGAGGAGCAAAGCUUCAUGCAAUUGGCCCAGGGAAAGUUCGCCAAUGAAUGAUGGCCGACGCUGUUCUGUGGCGAUCCCUUGACAUUCUGCCUGGACAUCUGCAAGGGUGUUGCUUCGCAGAGUCUGUGCAUUGGCGCCGCUAUUGACGAGUUGAGGGAAGCAACAGGUGUCCUCCUUCCGUUUACAGUGCUAGCUCGCAGUUUGGGCGGAACUAGGAGCACAAUGCAGGAUGCCCAGCCUUUGAAUAGUCAAAGAUUGAGCACGCCCAACCCUGUGAGGAUGGAAGGAAAUGUACAGGAUGGAAAGGUUCGAUCAGGUGGGAACAGCUAUGCUAGUACUCCCGCGUCGAAGAAGAAAGUAGAUGAAGGGAUCUGGGCCAGCCUCAGCAAGACGGCAAAGAGUCUCUUCUCAGAAGAAGACGACUUGCCAAGGGUUGAUGAAGUCCGCGUAGAUCAGCAGCAGGCGCCCGCGACGAAGCAAACAGGUGAAAGCAAGGCAUUUGGCAUCCAGAAGAGCCUGGACGCGAUCACAAACUCCCUCUCAUUCAUUGGGGACAAGGUCGGCACCGCCAUCGAGGAGAGCCUCGACGUCAUCUCCACCAAGGCGGUCGACUUCAUCGAAGGGCCACCGCCGAGCCUUAACCAUGACCUCAAGCGGUCUCCUUCAAUUGGAGUGGACGGAAGCCCUGUGACUAACCAGCUAAAAGCAUCUCGAGAUGUGGCCACUGCGAUGGUGACCAAGGUGCGGCAAUAUCAGCGCCAGGUGGAAGCCCAGAAGGCGCAGCUCGACUUCGCCACCAAGCGCUGCUCGCAACUAGAGGAGGAGAACAAAGUCCUACGAGACGGCCUGGAGGUGCAGGGCAAGAUGGACGACGACCCCCUGGUGCGUCAGCAACUAGAGGCGCUGCUUGCUGAGAAGGCACGGCUGGCUAGGGAGAACAUGCAGCUGCAACGAGAGAAUGAGCACCUGUUUGAGUUGCUAGCGUACAGCACGCAGGGCAACCGGUCACCGUCAGUGUCGGCGGGCGUAGGGGCGUUUGAGUGGGAAGAGGAAGACGGAGCUGUGGGGACCGAACGGGGAGAGCGGGAAUUGGAUGGUGUGCCGGAAGAGAACGAGGUUUCGUCCCGAGAUACUGGAGGUGAUUUUGCAGAGGCGUUGCCGACCGGUGCAGAUUCGAUUCAUGCAAAAGACAGAGACGGUGACGAAGGGGGAGUUUCGGAAGAUCGUGAGGGGGAUCAGAGUCGAGUUGGCAAAUCACCGGGAUCAGAAGGAUUAACGAGCAAAGGCCAGGAGUUGAAAGUUGACACGCAAGGAGUGAAGGUCGUUUCAGAAGUUGCAGAUAAAUCUGGGGAAACGAACACAGGAUGACCCUUUCAGAAGGGGCCUGCAAUUCUGAUUGCUGAACCGUUGCGCGCAUCUUUGCAAUCAUGAGCCAUCGUUUCAGA